AUGAAGAAGUACGGUGCAGAUGUCGCAGCUUUUGCUGACAAGCUCAAUGAGGAUACUAUAGCACAAGCAACAUCUGUGAAAAAUACGAUGAUAGCUGACCACACUACAGCUAUUGAAGAGAAGAAAGAGCAGUGGAGAGUUGAGGGUCAUCACUAUCUCUUUGAUACCAAGCCGAACAAUUUUGUCUCAAGCAUUAUGCUUGAGACAAACUACAGAGAGAGGCUGUUUACUGUAUACACAGAAGUGAAGAAGCAGCUGGAUUAUCACGUGGCAAUACAGCAUCUCAAGCGGAAUAUGGAACAAAAUCACAUGAUCAACUGGGUUGAGCAAAACCUUAGGCAGAGUAUUACAGCCCAACAGGAGGAGGGGAGCAUUGCUAAGUGCAUCUUGGACUUGAAGGCAUUGUCAAAGUCUCCACAGGCAACUGUUUAA